UUCGUUAGUCUUGAUUCACUCUCUUGGUGAAUGGACACUCACCGAGGAGUUUGCCUGUGUAAAAGAGCCGACGCGCCCGUCCUUCAAUGGCUGCGCUCCAUCCGUUACCAAACGGCCAGUGAAGAUACUGUUUCUCAUUCGGUACGAGUAAAAGAUUUGAUCAAAAGUAAAAUCAUUCAAUCCAUCGGGGUUGACGAUGACAUGAGUAGAACCUGGAUACGGUCACUUUGCCCAUGUUUCCGCGAUUCCAAUGCCCCAACCGAAGAACAGGAUCAACGUUUGAAUUUACUGACAAACCAGUUGAGUACAGCAAGUAAUUUAACCCUUCCAAAGGGUGAAUGCAGCAUCUUCUCGAUCGAGGACUCUCCACGUCACGUUUCGCCUGGCCGUGAUCAAGUCGCUUCUGAAUCAACUGGCGCUGCCGAUUUAAGUCGAGAAAUCGAAGAGAAAUUGGUCAUUGUUCAGCCAGAAGUGGUGGUGCAGACGAGAAAAAGACUUAUUGUCCGUCAGCCGAAUCUGCCACGCAUUUCUGAAGCUACCGACAGCUGCUUCAACCAAGUGGUUGAAGAAGAUUUGAAAUUUGCUCGACAUACUUGGAUUCAUUUCUCCCAAUGUUUCGAGAUUGAUUUCUGCCUCCAGCCACCGACGCCCAGCACGGAUAGACGCCCUCAGCUAUAUUCGGAACUUUGUGAUGGAGAUGAUGCGGCGUCGCCGUUAGUAGAGGACGCUAGAUCUAGGCAGCAUCAGCGACAUUCUUGGCCCGCCGUCUUGACGACAAGGCAGCGUCGUUCCCGUUGCCAAUGGCUCAGCCAGUCAAGUGUUUUCCUUUCAUUCGAAAGAAACGAAGGAGAAGUAACAGAAGAAAAGAAUUUCGUUGCCCGCAUCCUGUUGCACAACAGCCAAUCGCAGACGCUGGAGCCGCAGCGUGUCCUCACAUGCGCCAAUGCCUCUGAGGCGUUUUCCUGGAACGACGCACUUGUUCUGCGAAAUCGACUAUCUCAUCCCAACGAUCUAGCUCAGUGGUAUACAUCACUAGACAACGAGGGCCGCGUCUUUUUCUACGAAGAUGAUAGCAGCGAUUCUCUGUGGUCCCUUCCUCAAGUCACAUCCGUUCCCGCUUUGACGUCAACAGAGAGUGAACCGAAACAGCAGGGUAUUCAGCAAGGCGUUUAUUAUCCUAAAGGGAGAGAAUUCAGUCCCAAAAUGAAUGAACAAAUGACAGUCGCCCCCGUGUCUACAUCCAAAUGGGAUAUGGUCCGUCAAAGAACGUCGAAAGCCGAUCGCAACAGCAAAACUCAAUCAAUGGUCUUGACUAACUUCAGUGGAUGUCUCGAUAACAUUGCAGUCGAGAAUGUAAGUGGAGAGACCAGUCGUGUAACGUUCUUAGCCCCGUCCAAGACGGCAUCACUACCUCGCAAUAUUCAGCCACAAUGGCCUAAUUUGCAAGGGGGUAGCAUCGUAAGUGAUUACCUGAAAAAUCUUGAUAUCCGAGUUCUGCAACAGGGUUUCCUACACAAAACCAAACUGACUGAUAACGGCAAGAAAAUCCGUAAAAAUUGGACUUCCUCUUGGGUGGUCCUGACGGAUUUGUUCCUUUUUCUCUUCAAAGAAUCCUCGGCGAAAACGUCUAACACAGCCGCUGGAUCGUCCACAGGAACCAACAAGCCGGAAUUAUGCGUGGAUUUGAACGGGGCGACGAUCGAGUGGGCGGCCGUCAAAUCCAGUCGCAAAGGAGUUUUCCAAGUGUGGACGCUCCUCGGCGUCCAGCUCUUGUUGCAAGACGAGGAUGAAACCAACGCUGUUGUAUGGUUUAAUGAGAUUAAACGAGCCAUUCAGCAAUUGCCUUGUGGGACAAAAGUAGAAACUACCAAUCACUACCCUUCACCGCAUUCGUCGCCUUUGAUUGGUUCGAAACCCAAGAAAUUGUUGUUGGAAAAGAGUUUCUCACCGGUGGAAUCGAGGCACAAAUGCAACGAUUCGCUAACACAAUAUUUAAGUCCUCCUUCGCCCGACUCACCAGUGAGCUUCAGCAAUAGCAGCAGUCUGAUGAAGCAAGGCAGCAGGAAAAACAAAUUGGGACGGACCAAAUCCACAAAAGUUCCUUUCCUUGGCAGUACGGAGGAUUUGACUGCGGUUGCACCAGGAUCCAGCCGGGAAAGACAAGAUAACUUGAGAGACAAGCUGCGGAAAUUCUUCGUCCGCCGCCCAACUGUCGAUUUACUCGUCAAGAAAGGCAUUUGGAAGGAUGAGCCUGUUUUUGGUUGCCAUUUGUCCGCCCUAUGCAACUUCGACGGGUCGACGGUGCCCAAAUUUGUACAGCAAGUGAUCCAGCUGAUUGAGAGCAAACAGGAGAACAUGAAAGCGGAUGGAAUCUAUCGAGCCAGCGGCAAUCUCUCGCAAAUUCAAAAGAUUCGUUGUCAGGUGGAUCAGUACAAUUGGGCCAUUUUGGAAAUCGAAGACGACGUUCAUGUAUUAACAGGUUGCCUGAAGCUCUUUUUUCGUGAACUUAAAGAGCCGCUUAUUCCUUGCCCACUUUUUGAGAAAGCCCUUCAGGCCACCAAUUAUCAGGGACCCAAUCCGGAACGAAUACGUCGAUAUCGAGACAUCGCCGAGUCAUUGCCGACAGAGAACUAUGACACGUUGCAGUAUCUGUUGCAGCAUUUGCUCAAAAUCACGGUAUACCGCGAGUACAACCGGAUGCACAUCUCCAAUUUAGCCAUUGUUUUUGGACCGACUCUGAUGUGGGCUGCAACCGUCUCCAACAACCUGGCGUUGGACAUGAUGCAACAAAACCUGGUUGUUGAAGCGUUGCUAAACAACUACCACAAUAUUUUCAACAGGUGAUUCCUGUUUCCAUGGAUCGGUCCUUCCACACACAUGACUAAACACUUGGGUCCGAUUGGAUGAAAUUAGCUGGGUAGCAAAAUUAAAUAAAAUCGUCUCUUUCUCUUGUGGCUUAGAUGCCAAUUAUGGACAGAAGCUGGCCACUCUAAAUUUUACAUGCACACACACAUACCCAUACUUUCCAACUGCUGCCUUAAAUUUAUGUCUAUUGUUGAACAGUUGUAGAAAAUAUUAUGGCCGCCAUCUUCGUAUCCGAAAUCUGAUUGUAUCAUAUGAAAUGACGCAAGGAUUUCCGUUUGAGAGAUAGGCGUUUGCUGUUUCUUUGAUUGUGAUUGCCUUCCCUUUUCUUUCCACACAAAUUACUGUUAUCUUAAUGUUAAUUAACUGUUUGUGCUAAUCAGAAUAGCUUGUGAAGAUAAAGUGAGAAAUUAUAAUUAAAAGGAAAGGGUAAUAAUUUUGUUGUAUUUAAGUGAAGAAUUAAAAUUAUAGACUACUACUGUGUGUCUAUGUGUAAUACUGAGGUGUGGCACGCAGUUUAUUAUUAUUGAAAAAUGCUUCGAUUCUCUUCGAGUGACUUUAUUUUCCUCUGCCUUUUUAUUCUCCUCCUGCCCACACAUCAAAAACACACCCACACAUUUCCGGUAUAGAUUGUUUUAUCAAUAACAUUGAUACAUCAACAAAAACGCUAUUAAAAGCGGAAAUGUGAAAUGGAAUUUCAUUUUUAAGGGACUGUAAUACAACAAAGUUCGCCCCACUCAA